AUGAAGCUAUCAGAGAUGAGACGUUUUCAUUGUUCUCCAGAUAUUAUUACAUAUAACGGUCUGAUUGAUAGUUUCUUCAAAGUAGGAAGAGUAAAUGAAGCUCUAGCAUUAGUAUGCAAAAUGAUACAAAAUGGUUAUUUCCCUGACACCUACACUUGUAGAAGCUUGAUAGAUGCCUUUUUCAAGGCUGGAAAAAUAGAGGAGGCGUAUAAUGUAUUUCUACAGAUGAUAGAGUUUGGUCCUUUCCCCAAUCAAGUGGCAUUCAAUGCAGUUAUUAAUGGGCUAUGCAAAGAUGGGCAGAUGGGCAAGGUGUGGGAUUGUUUUCAAAUCAUGUCGAGAAAGGGUUUAUCACCAGAUGUUUUUACGUACAAUUGUGUGAUUGCUGCAUUCUCUAGAACAGGGCACAUGGGCAUGGCAUUUCAAAUGUUAGAAAAAAUGACAAGAAAGGGUUUACAACCAGAUGUUUUUACAUACAACUCUGUGAUUGCUGCAUUCUGUAGAACAGGACACAUGGGCAUGGCAUUUCAAAUGUUAGAAAAAAUGACAAGAAAGGGUUUGGAACCUGAUAAAGUAACUUGCAACACGAUCAUCUAUGGUUUGUGUAAAGUAGGUGAUCUUGCUAGUGCUCAUAUCCUAAUGAAUAAGAUACUUGAUGAAGGCAAGGUCCCUGAUGUAAUAGCUUACAACUCUCUGAUUAAUGGUCAUUGUAAAAUUGGCCAAAUAGGUGAGGCUUUGAAGCUUUUUAAAAACAUGGAAAUGGUUGGCAUUAUUCCAAAUGUUGUAACAUUAUGCAAAGAAGACAAACAUGAUGCUGCUUUAUCAUUGUUAGAUGAAAUGAGAGCAAAAGGUUUGGUUCCGAAUGAGGUCAGAUACUGCACAUUAUUUCGGGGUGCUCGCAAAAGAUGUGAAUUCUCGCAAAAGAUGGUCUUGGCCAAAUAUAGAAUUGAAUGGCUGGAUAACAGACUAUCAUAUUUCUAUGAGUAUGGUACUUAUGCCAAAGUUGCAAAGAUGGUCUUAGGAAUGACGGCGACCUCCGUAGAAUUUACCCUCUCCUCGCUGAAAUGGAAGAUACGGGCAUCCAUUCAAAAUGUCAUCACUUACAGCAUUCUCAUAAAGUCUUUGUGUAUAUGGGGUAAACUUGAGGAAGCACACGAGCUCUUGCACGAAAUGAGGAAUAACCAUUGUUUUCCUAAUAUUGUUACCUACAGCACCUUAAUUGACGCUCUCUGCAAGAAAGGUAGGGUAGAUGAAGCUUUAGUAUUGGUGGCUCACGUGAUACAAGAUGGCCUUUGUCCAAAUACUUUUUUUAUACAAUACCCUAAUCAAUGGUCUCUGCAAGAUGCUUUUUUCAAAGCUGGAAAAACAGAGGAGGCGUAUAAUGUGUUUCUACAAAUGAUGGAGUUUGGUCCUUUUCCCAAUCAAGUGGUAUUCAAUGCAGUUAUUAAUGGGUUAUGCAAAGAUGGACAGAUGGACAAGGCAUGGGAUUGUUUUCAAAUCAUGUCAAGAAAGGGUUUACACCCAGAUGUUUUUACAUACACCUCUGUGAUUGCUGCAUUCUGUAGAACAGGACACAUGGGCAUGGCAUUUCAAAUGUUGAAAAAAAUGACAAGAAAGUUUUUGGAACCUGAUAAAGUGACAUGCAACACAAUCAUUGAUGGUUUGUGUAAAGCAGGUGAUCUUGCUAGCGCUCAUAUCUUAAUGAAUAAGAUACUUGAUGAAGGCAAGGUCCCUGAUGUAAUGGCUUACAACUCUCUGAUUAAUGGUCAUUGUAAAAUUGGUCAAAUGGGUGAGGCUUUAAAGCUUUUUAAAAGCAUGGAAAUGGUUGGCAUUAUUCCAAAUGUUGUGACCUAUAACACGCUAAUUGCCACGUUAUGCAAAGAAGACGAACUUGAUGCUGCUUUAUCAAUGUUAGAUCAAAUGAGAGCAAAAGGUUUGGUUCAAAUGAGGUCACAUACAACACAUUAUUUUCAGGUGCUUGCAAAAGAUGUGACUUGGAAAAAAAACCUUUUUUUAAUAGAUCAAAUGCAGAAGCAAGGCUGUGAUCCAAGUGAUAAGACCGUUGAGAUAGUCUGCUGGCUGAUUGAUGUUGGUCAAAUAGAAAAAUUAAAAGACUUUGCAAAUGGCAAAGCUUCUAUUAUUUCUGUAUUUCAUUGUUGGGUUUGGUGUUUGUCUCCAGAAUGUUUUGUUUCAUAUAAUGUGAUUCUCCAUAAUGUUCUGCUUGCGCCCGUGUACCUCCUGUCCUCGCCGCCGCCCGAGCUCAUCCCUCGGCUUCCGAUCCCGCAGGUCUCCGCAGCCUCGUCCUCCGUCCACGCCGCGCUGUCUGAGCGGCGCCUUCUGCUACCACUCCUCCGUCUUCCUCCCACCGCAGCUGCGUCCUCCCUGCCGCGUCUCCUCCGGCGUCCUCGCUCUGAGCGCCCAGCAGCAUCCUCCCCGCCGGCGGCUCCCGCGCCCGCAGCUCCGCUAGCGCCCGCGGCUCCCUCAGCUCCCGGGCUCCGCCGCGUCACCGGCGCCGCUCGUCCGCAACCGCUCCCGGCCCGGCCAGCUCACCCGCCACGCAGCAACCAGUCCGAAGACCGGUGGACCACGCCCGCCACGUGGCAGGCGGCCACUGGCCCGUGGAUAACACAUCCGUACAGCCACGUCGAUUUUCGUACGCAGAGUCAGAAAACCGUACGCCCAGUCAUCGCCUGCCACAUCAUCUUCCGUACAGUACGGACUGUACAGUCAGCUGUCCACGCAGUCUGUCCGUACGUGAAGGCAGGCAAUCUUGCUAGCGCACAUCUCCUAAUGAAUAAGAUAUUUGAUGAAGGCAAGGUUCCUGAUGUAAUGGCUUACAGCUCUCUGAUUAAUGGUCACUGUAAAAUUGGCCAAAUGGAUGAGGCUUUAAAGCUUUUUAAAAGCAUGGAAAUGGUUGGCAUUAUUCCAAAUGUUGUUACCUAUACCACGCUAAUUGCCACGUUAUGCAAAGAAGACAAACUUGAUGCUGCUUUAUCAAUGUUAGAUGAAAUGAGAGCAAAAGGUUUGGUUCCAAAUGAGGUCACAUACAGCACAUUAUUUCGGGGUGCUCGCAAGAGAUGUGACUGGGAAAAAACCUUUUUUGUAAUGGAUCAAAUGCAAAAGCAAGGCUGUGCUCCAAGUGAUAAGACUGUUAAGAUACUCUUCUGCUGGCUGAUUGAUGUUGGUCAAAUAGAAAAAUUAAAAGACUGUUUCUAAGCGAUCAUAGUUCUGAUACCUUGAGAGUGACAGGUUGUUGAAGUCAUUCCUGUAUAUUUCUUUUCUAACUGUAUGAAGUUGCGUUCUCAAUUUGAGGAUCUUUCUACAAUAGAUAUGCUAUAACUUAUUUUC